GUAUUUCCACAAAUUAGAAUUCCAUUGCUUUUACUGGCUGAUGUCACAAGUGGAUCCGGGAAAGGAAGUUCUGAACCAUAGCUGAGCUAGAUAAAUACCCCAACAGAGUGAUUACCAGACCAGAUUCUCAAAUCAGAACCAUCAUAUUCGUAGAGAAGUGCAGAGAGGACCAUUAAGAGGACCAUUUCAUAGCUGUACAUCACUGACAAUGGGUAUCUUCAACAAAGUAUCACUGCAAUGUUUGGCUUCCCUUGUUCUUAUUUCUUCAGUGUUAAACUUAUGGAGAGGCACUGAAGGCUGGUCAUACCAUUCCUCAACGAAAACUAUGGACUGGGAAUCUGCCAGACACUGGUGCAGGCAGCAUUACACAGACAUGGUAGCCAUCCAGAACAAAGAAGAGAUUUCUCACCUCAACAGUAUCCUUCCAAAAGUCAAAGGAUAUUACUGGAUUGGCAUUCGUAAAAUUAAUGGCAGUUGGACCUGGGUUGGAACUAAUAAGACACUUACCAAGGAAGCUGAGAACUGGGCAGAUAAGGAGCCCAAUAAUGGAAAGAAUAAUGAAGACUGUGUGGAAAUAUACAUUAAAAGAGAGAAAGAUGAAGGCAAAUGGAAUGAUGAAUCCUGCUUGAAGAUGAAGACUGCACUCUGCUACACGGCAUCCUGCAAACACGACUCCUGUGUCAGUGGUCAAGGAGAGUGUGUCGAAACCAUAAACAGCCAUAAAUGCUCAUGCUUUGAGGGUUUCUAUGGAGAACGAUGUGAACAUGUUGUAAAAUGCAAACCAGAGGACAUCCCCCCACAAGAACAUGCUAGCGUGCGAUGCUCUCAUCCUUAUGGAAAUUUCUCAUAUGACUCUCAGUGUGAAUAUUCCUGUGUUGAGGGUUAUGAACUAAAGGGCUCCAGUACGACGAGAUGCACUUCUACCACAGAGUGGUCAAGCAAACCACCAACCUGUGAACUUGUUCGAUGUCCAGAGCUGAUCAAACCACAGAAGGGCCAAAUGCAGUGUCUCCAUUCACUGGACAUCUUCAGGUAUCAAUCCACCUGUGAGUUUAUGUGUGAAGAAGGAUACACGCUGCGAGACUCCAGCUCCUCUACACUGCUCUGUGGGGCAACGGGACACUGGAAUGAUUCACAACCCACUUGUGAAAUAAUAAAAUGCAAACCAGAGGACAUAACCCCACCAGAUCAUGCUAGCAUGCGAUGCUCUCAUCCUCAUGGAAAUUUCUCAUAUGAUUCUCAAUGUGAAUACUCCUGUGAAGAAGGUUAUGAACUAAAGGGUUCCAGUAUGACAAGAUGCACUUCUACCACAGAUUGGUCAAGCAAACCACCAACCUGUGAACUUGUUCGAUGUCCAGAGCUGAUCAAACCACAGAAGGGCCAAAUGCAGUGUCUCCAUUCACUGGACAUCUUCAGCUAUCAAUCCACCUGUGAGUUUAUGUGUGAAGAAGGAUACACGCUGCGAGACUCCAGCUCCUCUACACUGUUCUGUGGGGCAAUGGGACACUGGAAUGAUUCACAACCCACUUGUGAAAUAAUAAAAUGCAAACCAGAGGAUGUCACCUCACUAGAUCAUGCUAGUGUCCAAUGCUCUCAUCCUCAUGAAAAUUUCUCAUAUGACUCUCAAUGUGAAUACUCCUGUGAAGAAGGUUAUGAACUAAAGGGUUCCAGUACGACAAGAUGCACUUCUACCACAGAGUGGUCAAGCAAACCACCAACCUGUGAACUUGUUCGAUGUCCAGAGCUGAUCAAACCACAGAAGGGCCAAAUGCAGUGUCUCCAUUCACUGGACAUCUUCAGCUAUCAAUCCACCUGUGAGUUUAUGUGUGAAGAAGGAUACACGCUGCGAGACUCCAGCUCCUCUACACUGUUCUGUGGGGCAAUGGGACACUGGAAUGAUGCACAACCCACUUGUGAAAUAAUAAAAUGCAAACCAGAGGACAUAACCCCACCAGAUCAUGCUAGUGUCCACUGCUCUCAUCCUCAUGAAAAUUUCUCAUAUGACUCUCAAUGUGAAUACUCCUGUGAAGAAGGUUAUGAACUAAAGGGUUCCAGUAUGACAAGAUGCACUUCUACCACAGAGUGGUCAAGCAAACCACCAACCUGUGAACUUAUUCAGUGCCCAGCCCUUGACAUUCCUAUCAAUGGAGAGCUGAGCUGCACUUCCAGCUUUAAAUAUGGGAGCAAAUGCAGCUUCAGUUGUGCUGAAGGAUUCUACAUCCAGGGAGCUUCAGAAAUCAGCUGUACAAAAGCAGCAAAGUGGAGUCAGGAACCACCUCGCUGUGAAGCAGUGCUCUGCCCACAACUUUCUGAUCCAGUCAACGGGCAUAUGAACUGCUCAUCUGAAGAACCCACCUUUGGCACCUUCUGCAUCUUCAGCUGUUAUGAAGGCCACCAACUUGAAGACCACAGUAACAAGAUAGUGAUGUGCAACUACAAUGGGAGCUGGUCAGGGGAAGUGGCAGUGUGUCAAGCUCAUCCUGAUCCCUCUACAUCACUCCUCGAAGCAACAGAAGUGACUCUUGGUGUUUCAGGCGCUAUCGGCGUAUCCGCUCUGGGCUUAGUCCUCUGGAUACUGAAGAGACUGAGGAGAAAAGCUAAGAAUUUUGAUCCAAACAGUACCUUGGAUAUUGAGGAUCCACCACAGUCUUAUAAGAACAGUGUUGACAGUCUAAUAUAGAGCAAAAUAGCAUCAAAUAGCAUACAGCAUAUACGGUGAGCAUACUGUAUAUACCUUAUGCACAUACACAGGCCAGUAUGAGGAAUGAUGGCGAUGUAACUUAUUCCAGUGAACAAUUUAUUGAAGCACUCAGUUCAUUUCACAGGACUCACAACUGCCUCAUAAUACUGUUUGUCAUCACAAAUGAUUUAAGGCACUUGGAUAUUUUUAUACUCAGUCUAAUGGGCAUUAUCAGUUACUAGGCAACAGUCCUAACUGAAUGUGAUUUUUACUUCCCAACGGAAGCUUUUAUGAUUUACUUGACUGAACAUAUUGUUCUGUACCGUAUAAAUGUACUUGUUUUUUUGCUAUUAAUAUACACCAUCUUUUUGUACUAUUUAUUGUUCCAAAACUGUAUUGGUGCUAUUCAACUAUUUUUAUGUAAACCAAUAAAGUGUGACUUAUGAUGU